AUGGCUCUCAAGGCCGCCCGCGUCUCCGACGUCCCAACCCUCGACGUCCUCGUUCCGGACCUCGCCGCCGCCGCGCGCAUUGGCGCGGGCGCGAAGCAGCAGCGCGCGGCGGGCCGGCUCGCGUUGAUCGGGCACCGGGGCAAGGGGAUGAACGCGCUGUCGUCGCCAGACCGCCGCCUGCAGGAGGUCAAGGAGAACUCCGUCAGGUCCUUCAACGAGGCGGCGCGCUUCGCCAUCGACUAUGUGGAGUUCGACGUCCAGGUCACCAAGGACGCCUGCCCAAUCAUCUUCCAUGACAACUUUAUCUUUACUGAAGAACAGGGUAAAGUUUCAGACAGACGUGUCACAGAUCUUCGGCUGGAAGAAUUCCUCCAGUAUGGACCUCAAAAUAAGGAGGGGAAGAAUGGGAAGCCUUUGUUGCGGAAAAUGAAGGAUGGUAGAGUUUUGAAUUGGAAUGUGCAAUCAGAUGAUCCUCUUUGCACCCUUCAAGAAGCAUUCGAGAAGGUCAAUCCAAGAUUGGGCUUCAACGUUGAGCUAAAAUUUGAUGACAAUCUUGUAUACCAGGAGGAAGAGCUCAGCCACAUCCUCGAGGCCAUCUUGAAGGUGGUCUUUGAGUAUGCCAAGGACAGACCUAUCAUUUUCUCUAGCUUCCAGCCCGAUGCUGCACAGCUCAUGCGAAAAAUGCAAAGCACAUACCCUGUUUACUUCUUGACAAAUGGUGGGACAGAAAUCUAUACUGACGUGAGGAGGAACUCGUUGGAAGAGGCAGUUAAGCUUUGUCUUGCCUGCGGCAUGCAAGGAAUUGUCUCGGAGGCCCGUGCAAUAUUCAGGUUCCCGGCCGCUAUACCAAAGAUCAAAGAGGCUGACCUCUCCCUAUUGACCUACGGAACAUUGAAUAAUGUGCCGGAGGCCGUGUACAUGCAGCACCUGAUGGGAGUGAACGGGGUCAUAGUGGACCUCGUGCCGGAGAUCACCAAGGCCAUCUCUGAUCUCAUCGCCACCCCCCAGACCGACAUGGAAAUCGAAGACUUAAGCAGCAAGGUGAUGAAAGAUGCCACGUCAACACCAAAUUUCACGCACAGGGAGAUCUCAUUCCUGCUGAGGCUGAUGCCUGAGCUCGUGCAAUAGCGCACUCCAUUCUUGGCUUUGGAUGUAACUGAAUGACAAACACGAAGAGGAACCCUUUGAGGGUAGUAAAAUUUACGUAGGUUCGUGUCUUCAUGGGAUAGGGGGAGCCCUGGGGGUUUAUAUUUACAUUUUGUAGCGAGGGGAGUGGUUUCCAAUUGAAACCACCUUUAAUGUACUUCCCCUGUUUUUAUAUACAAGACCACCACACAUUGUGAGGUAAUUUUUUUAAUAACAUAAUAUGAUUAUAUGUCA